AUGACUCCAACUACCCUCAGCGUCGUGGUCAAAAACAACUCGGAUGCCUCGCAGCUCUACGCCUACGUCACGGGCCGCGCAGCUCAGGGCCUCUUCUUCCUCAGCGCCGACGGCACCACGCCGUACUUUCCAACUUCUCCGUCGUCCACCUUGCAGCCUCUCGCAAAAGACUGCGCCGUGGCCAUUGGCGGGCCGGGCCGGAGCCGCACGCUGACGGUGCCGAGGCUGGACGGGGCGCGGGUCUGGUUCAGCCAAGAGUCGCCGCUGACGUUUCUUGUCAACCCGGGCCCGGCGGUGGUGGAGCCUUCGGCGACGAACCCUGCGGACCCGAAUUAUGGGAUUCGAUGGGCGUUUGCGGAGUUUACGUUGAAUGAGGCUGAGCUGUAUGUCAAUGUGUCGUAUGUUGAUUUCUUUAGCGUGCCGGUGAGUCUGAGGUUGGAGAAUGGGGAGGGCAAGGUGACGAGUGUGGAGGGGAUGCCGGCGGGUGCGUUGGAUGAGAUUUGUGGCAAGUUGAAGGCGCAGGCGGGCGUGGAUAAGGCGGGAUGGGAUCGGUUGGUUGUGACUCAGGCUGGGGGGAGUGGACAGAACUUGCGUGCUUUGAGUCCCAACUCGGGGAGGGUCAUGUUCCAGGGGUUAUUCGACGGGUACUAUCGCCCAUACGUGGACGCCGUGUGGAAGAAGUACCAGUCGAUGGACCUCGUCGUCAACAUGCAGUUCGCCGACUGGGGCAACGCCGUCGGUCGAGUUGAUGCCUCGGGCCAGACGCUCACCUUCUCCGGCGGCGGAGGCAGCUUUGCGAAGCCCUCGGAGGGAGACAUCUUCUCGUGCGACUCCGGGCCUUUUGCGCACGGGGCGGACGUGUCGGACAAGCAGUUGAAUGUCGGGGCGCGGCUGGCGGCGGCGCUGAACAGGAGUACUUUGCUGGACGCGGUGCCGCAUCCGGAGGGGGAAGAUGUGAGUAUGUAUUAUAAGGAGGCGGUGACGAACCACUAUGCGAGGAUUUGUCACGAGGUGAGUGUUGGGGGGAGGGGGUAUGCGUUUCCGUAUGAUGAUGUUGGGGCGACGGAGGGGACGGACCAGAGCGGGUUCUUGAAUGAUGGGGAUCCGAAGGUGUUGACGAUUGGAGUUGGGGGGCCUCUUUGA